AUGGCUACAUACGCAUAUAAAGCCAACCCUAAUGGGCACUGCCGUCUGUGUACGGACAAAGACAAGAAAGAGGACAUGGUCGCAUGCGAUGAAUGCGAUCGGUGGUUCCACAUUUCAUGUGUGGGACUCACAUACCUACCCAAGAAAGAUGAAAGGUGGGUAUGCCCUAAGUGCAUGAGCACAGAAAGGGAAAUGAUGGAACUGAAAGUCAAAGUCAGACAAUCAGUUUCCGGAGACAGCUUGCAAGAAAUUUUGCAAGAGAACAGAGCAGCAAUGGAGGCUCUGGUAAAGUCCAUGAGGACAACGAGAUUCGAAGCUGAACCAGGUACAAGUUCAGCACACAAUAAUGACAGCAUCGAAGGUCAAAAUCAGGAGGCAGAGCCAGAAUGGACUGUCUACCUAAAGCGACAAGCACUCAUGAGCUUGCCAAAAUAUGGAGGUGCGGCCAGAGAAUGGCCGAAAUUUAAAAAGGCCUUUGAUGAGACCACAAAACAAGGUCAAUUUAACAGGCUUGAAAAUUUGAAUCGCCUGCAAACAGUGCUGUACGGGAACGCAGAGAGGAGCGUCCGACAGUUAAUGAUGGAUCCAAAUAAUAUGGACCAAAUAAUUGAUAGACUAGAAGAUAAUUUCGGAAGACCCGAACUAGUCUAUAAAGAACUACUAGCCGAACUCACCAAUAUCAAAAGGGAGAGUCGGAAUUUGAUUACCGAGAUAUCCGAAGCACUGGAUAAUCUCGUCUGUAAUGUUUCUCUUAUGGAUAGAGAAGAAUUCCUGAUUGACCACCGAUUGGUGGAAGAGAUCAUAAGGAAAAUGCCCUACGGUCUACAGGUGAAGUGGACUGAAGAAAUGUACGACGGGGCAAAGACUUUAGCUGAUCUCAAUGAGUGGCUGAAGCCUCAUUCGAGAACCAAUAGACUGCUGAAUGGCACCAGCAGGCCGCAGCCGCGAGAAACAAGCAGACCGCAGCCGCGAGAAAUUAACAGAUCGCAGCCGCGAGACACGAGGCCUGAGCGUCGAUUUAACGUAAAUACGCAUCAGGAAAAUAGAUCGACAAUAAUAAAACGCAAUUGUGAAGCAUGUCGGGGAAACCACAAACUCCUCGAAUGCACCAGAUUUAAGGCUAUGAAGCCUGAAAAGCGAAAUGAAUUAGCCUUUAAGGCAAAGGUAUGCUUGAGCUGUCUCGCAUUUACAAACCAUAUGAUGCGAGACUGCAAAAGAGCAAAACAAUGUGGAAUUAAUGGAUGUAAGUUCAAACAUCAUCCAUUAAUUCAUAAAUCUCAUGAGAGAGAAUCAAGUGAUUCAAAUCAGUCGGAAGGACAGCAUAGUCCAGAUACACAAGCAGAUGGUGAGAUACACAAUCACCAACAACUAACAAAAUCCAACGUAUUCUACCAAAUAGUUCCUGUGACGUUGAAAAAUAAUGACAAAAUCAUCAACACGUUCGCUUUCUUGGAUGCGGGGUCAUCACUCUCUCUAAUAGACGAGGAGAUUGCGAACAAGUUAGGGCUCAACGGAAGAAUUGAUCCGUUAAUGCUAAAGUGGACGCAGAACGUCACGAGAAACGAACAAAACAGCCGUAGAGUUCAGGUACGAAUCAACGGCAACAAUGAAAAAGAAUACGUCAUGAAAGGAGUGAGAACGAUAAAGAAUCUCCAACUCCCAGAGCAAAGCUUCAACAAGGAGGUGAUGGAGAAAAGGUAUCCAUACCUCAAGAAUCUGCCGUUGAGCAGUUACAGCAGUAUACGCCCGACGAUAUUAAUUGGACUGAGUCACAGUCACUUGUUAAUUCCAUUCGAAAGGCGAAUGAGAAAACCGAACGAGCCCACAGCGCUACGAACCAAACUUGGAUGGUUCAUGUUCGGCAACAUAUUGUAA